CAGCUGGAUCCGGGCCACUCUCCAAACCCUCGUCAUUCGUAGAUUUGCAUCUCCGCUCAAGAAGUCAUCGUCGCGAAACAUCAAGAGCGAUCACCGUCCGGCGGCGAUCUCCGGCGAUCUAGAUCCCCUCUCUGAAAGAUCAUGAUGGAUCCAAUCAAUUCGGUCUUGGGGAAGCUUCUCCUUGAGGAGAUCUCUCCCGUUGUCAUGGUGCUCUCGACACCACUCGCCGAGCAGGCUUGCGCGAAGAGCGGGUUGAAUUUCGUUGAGAUGCUGUCGCCCUUCUCUGUUUUCAGCAAGAUCGAUGUGCCUGUUCGCACUGCGAGUGAUCAGCCUUAUCGGCUACAGAUGUUCAAGUUGCGGCUGGUUUAUGCUUCUGAUAUACACCAGCAGAAUUAUGAGGCUACAGUAGAGCGUUUAAAGCAAGUAGUGUCUGAUGCAAGUGCAAAAAUUUCUGAUUUGCAAUCUGACCCGCCACAACUUGAGGAUGCCCUUCAAAUGUCUGCAUCUGAUUAUCCUCCACUGUGGAUUCGGACUUUCAAUAAAGAACUUCUACGAACCAUGUCCUUUUCAGAGCAUGAGGCUUUUGACCACCCUGUUGCAUGCCUCUUGGUUGUUUCAUCAAAGGAUGAACGACCUAUCAACAAAUUUGUUGAUCUCUUUAAUACAGAUCAGUUGCCGUCUCUUCUAAAUGAAGGUGCAAUGGAUCCAAAAAUAUUGAAGCAUUAUCUUCUCUUGCAUGAUGCCCAAGAUGGCGCAUUGGAAAAGGCAACCAAUAUUUUAGCUGACAUGAGGAGUACCUUUGGCUCAAACGACUGCAACUUAUUGUGCAUGAACUCUUCUCUAGAUGGAUUAGUUGAGUGGCAGAAUAAUCCAUGGGCGCCUUAUGCUAAUUCACCAUCUGAUCGAGAUGUUGGGUGUUUCCUUAACAUUGAUGAUCUUUAUGAGAUCAAGGACUUCAUGCAGAACCUGACCUCUAAACUUGUCAUUCCACAAAUGGAGCAAAAGAUACGAAUUCUAAAUCAGCAGGUAUCUGCAACAAGAAAGGGUUUUAGGAAUCAAAUAAAAAAUUUAUGGUGGAGGAAAGGGAAGGAAGAUUCACCUGACAUUUCUAAUGGUCCUAUGUAUACGUUUAGCUCCAUUGAGUCCCAAAUUAGAGUUUUGGGUGAUUAUGCCUUCAUGCUGCGUGACUAUGAACUUGCUCUGUCAAACUAUCGAUUGCUCUCAACUGACUACAAGCUGGAUAAAGCAUGGAAGCGCUAUGCAGGUGUGCAGGAAAUGAUGGGUCUGUCCUAUUUUAUGUUGGACCAGUCAAGAAAAGAAUCUGAGUACUGUAUGGAAAGUGCUUUCAAUACUUAUCUGAAACUAGGGUCUUCUGGUCAGAGAAAUGCCACAAGAUGCGGACUUUGGUGGACAGAAAUGCUUAAAGCCCGGGGGCAAUUUAAGGAGGCUGCUGGCAUAUAUUUCCGUAUUUCUAGUGAGGAACCUUCUUUACAUGCAGCAGUGAUGCUGGAACAAGCAUCAUAUUGCUAUUUGUUCUCCAAUCCUCCAAUGCUACGCAAGUAUGGAUUCCAUCUAGUGCUUGCUGGUAAUCGCUACUACAUUUCUGAUCAGAGGCAGCAUGCAAUCCGAACCUACAAAAAUGCAAUUUUUGUUUACAAGGGAAAUGGCUGGAAUUAUAUUAGUGAUCAUGUUCAUUUCAAUAUUGGAAGGUGGUAUGCUUUCCUUGGGGUUUUUGAUGUGGCGGUCAAGCAUAUGCAAGGGGUUUUGUCAUGCAAACAUCAGUCUUUGAUCACACAAGACCUCUUUCUCAAUGACUUUCUUCAUGCUGCUCAGAAUUUGGGAACGACAUUUGAGGUUAAUGAGCUUCAACUUCCUGUCAUUGACAUGUCCUCCCUCAGGGUUAUAUAUGAAGACCAUCGAACUUAUGCUUCCUCUGCAGAUAUUCGUGCAAAUGAAAGCAUCUGGCAGUCUUUGGAGGAAGAUUUGGUUCCAUCAGUUUCCACUUUUAAAUCUAAUUGGUUGGAGUCACAACCAAAGUUCUCCCUUUUGAACAAGUAUAAUAAUUCUUCUCUCUGUGUGGUCGGAGAACCAAUAAAAAUUAGUCUUGAGUUCAAGAAUCCACUUCAGAUUCCAAUUUCCCUUUCUGGAAUCUCUCUUAUAUUCGAGCUUUCUCCUAGAUCUGAGGCUACAGAGUUUGAAGACGCAGAAGUUGAGGGUGAUGCAGAGUUAGCUGUGCCCCCUAUUUCUAGAGACAUAGAUGCUGAUUCGCAAUGCACAUUAUCAGAGGUUGGCUUGGUAUUAGGAGGAGCUGAGAUUAAAAGGGUACAACUUGAUAUUACACCUAAAAUUGAAGGUGUUCUUAAAAUAAUUGGAGUGCAAUGGAGACUAUCUGGUUCUGUCACUGGUUACCGUUACUUUGGUGUUGAUGCAAAGAAGAAAUAUAAACAAGGAACAAGGGUGUCUAGGCAGUCUCCAAGCAAUAACCUGAAUUUUGUUGUAAUCAAGGGUCUACCGAAACUUGAGGGAUGUAUUCUUGGCAUCCCCAAAAAGACGUUUGCGGGUGACUUACGUCUUGUCAAGCUGGAACUCAAGAAGCAGACAAAUUCUUCUGUGAAGAAUGUGAAAAUGAAAAUCAGUCAUCCAAGAUUCUUAAUUCCUGGAAAUAUAGAAGACCUUAGUGCAGAUUUCCCUAGGAGUCUAGAAAAGCAGACAACUUCUGAAGACAAGGAUGCACCAGAUUGUAUAAUGGAGAAAUCCAGGAGCCAUAUAUUUUCUUUUCCUGAAGCUGCUGCUCUUACCGAGGGGGGAACAAGUUUCACAUGGCCACUUUGGUUUCAUGCCAGUCUUGCUGGCACUAUUUCUUUGUACAUAUCUAUAUAUUACGAAAUGGAUAAUGGUUGUAGUGAAUUGGGUUACCGUACACUACGGAUGCACUAUGAUAUAGAGGUUUUGCCAUCAGUGGAUGUAUCCCUUUUAUUCAGUCCUUGCCCAUCCAGGUUACAAGAGUUUCUUGUGCGCAUGGACAUUGUGAAUCGGACCAUUUCAGAGAGUUUUUGUCUUAAUCAGUUAUCAUCCAUUGGUAGUCAAUGGGAAAUUUCGUCAUUGCCUGGAUUCAUUUCAAUAUGCCCUUUGGAAGUUUUACUUGCUGGACAGAAGAUAUCAUGCUUUUUUAAGCUAAAGGAUUGUCAGAAAAUUUCUGGCUAUGAAAACAAGCAUCUUGUUGCCAGUAAUGAUGUACUUUUAAAUUCUGAUGGCAAGGCGGAAAUGCUAAUUGAUAUAUCACAAUCGCCAGUGGUUGAUUUUCACCAUUUUGAAAGACUAAACCAGGAAGCACCUCAGGGCUCUUCAACUGCUGUUGACUUCAUUCUAUUCUCAAAAGUGCAAGGAAGUAAUCUUCAUGAAGAACCGGAAACAACCCCAAAGCUGUUGUCAAAUCAUGUAUGCAAUUGCAGUAUCACCACCAAGAGCCCAAUAUGGUGGCUGAUGGAUGGGCCAAGGACAAUUAUGCAUGAUUUCUCUACUUUCUGUGAGGUCAACCUAACUAUGGCGAUUCACAAUUGUUCUGAAGCUAUUGUAUCUGUCAGAAUUGCAACCUUCGACUUCGUCUCAGAGACCAAACAGUCAGCUGAAACUACUCAGUCUUCUGAUUCUUCAGGAUGUCAAGGUGGGUGGAGUGAUAUAUCAUUGGUGAAUGAUAUAAAACUUUCCCCUGACCCAUUGAGGAACAUGCUCAAUAUACAGUCAUCAGGAAGCACCCCUCCAUUUGUUUGGUGUGCAUCAAGCUCAACCCGAAUUAAAUUGGCCAAAGGAUCUGCAAUGGAAGUUCCCCUCAAGAUCUGUGUAUUUUCACCCGGCACUUAUAAUUUAUCACAGUAUGAGUUGCACUGGAAUCAAGAAUCAUCUGAAGGAUCUGGCGCAGAGUUGAGUAUAACAUCGUCUGGCAUGCAGGUUAUGGGAAUGUUGCAUUUGUGUGUGUACACGUUUUUUUGGCCAAUUGACACAGUGAGUUUACUCAUGAACAAUGAAUUAUACAUUCAGGUAUGUUAAUUUUUUUCUUUUAUUAAAAUAUGGAAGCAAGGUAUACUGAAAAUGAGAUCAAAGAUGAGCCGUUAAACAGCUA